AUGACUACACCACAGGCGCUCGGUGUUGAGGGUUACAGUUUGCCGGCGGAGGCAGCAGAAGUGCUGCAGGGGAAGCCGCCAGGUGUAGAUACACCUCCAGCAGCAGCAGCAGCAGCAAUAAAAGACGAAGCAGCAAAAAGAACAGAAGAAGAAAAGAUAGACGCAGAAGGCAUUGACGCGUUCCCCGAGCAGCAGCAGCACCGCGUCGCCGCCCACCAGCAGCAGCAGCAGCACCACCAACAGCAGCAGCAGCAGCAGCAGCAGCAGCAGCAGCAGCAGCAAAGUGGCGGACACGAGUUCCAGGCCAUCGGAGAGGCUUACCAAGUGUUGAACGACCCCAAGAGAAGAAAAGAUUAUGACACUUUUGGAGUCAGCGCCACAAAGACAAUUAACUUCAUAGACCCUGCUUUGUUCUUCAUGAUGCUCUUUGGCUCCGAACAGCUCGACCCCUACACCGGCAAGCUCAAGAUGGCGAAGCUCCUCGAAGUUUUGACCCAAGAUGACUUCAUGUCCACCGUCUCAGGAGAGGGGGGGGUGGACUUGCGGGAGGGAAUAAUGAAGGCUCUGGAAGAAGACCAAAAAAAAAGAGAAGUUUCUUUGGCUUUGCAACUUCGAGAAAAAGUCCAGAGUUUUGUGGAAGGAAAUGAAGAGGUUUGGAAGCAACAAAUGCGCCAGGAAUGGAGUCUCUGGGCUGGGCCUACGCAAACUUCGCCGCGGCCUAUUUAG